CAUGAGAGAGGAGGAGCAGAAGGAGCAGUAGAAGAGCGGAAUGGAGGAGGACAAGCAGAACCCGGAGCACCGGAGCAACAAGGUCCACAGAAGACAAGCAGCAGGCUCGUCCUCUGAUCGCAGCGAUGUUGAGGAACAGAGAGGAAGAGAGGAACUUAUACGUCACCACCGUGACAAAUCCUUCACAACAUCUGGAUCUUUAAAAAUUCAUCCAAGAGUUCAAGCUGGAGAGAAACCAUACAGCUGCAACCAAUGUGAGAAAAAAAAAUUUCGCUGCAGUGCCCUCAAAGCCCAUCAACGCAUUCACAUUGAAGGGGAACUGUCCAGUUUUUUCCAAAGUGGGAAGGAUUUCACAGAGUCAGAGACCUCAAAAAAACAAGACAUUGACACAGCAGAGAAACUCUUUAGCUGUGAUCAAUGUGAGAAAGCUUUCACCACUCUACGUAGCUUAAAAAGUCACCACUGUAUUCACACUGCAGAGAAGUCGCACUGCUGUGACCAAUGUGGGAAUACUUUUACGCAACACACGUCCCUUGAAACUCACCAAAGAAUUCACACAGGAGAGAAACUGUACAGCUGUGAUCAAUGUGGCAAAGCUUUCACACAGUUAGAUAGCUUGAAAACCCAUCAACGCAGUCACACAAGAGAGAAACCGUUAAGCUGUGAUCAAUGUGGCAAAGCUUUCACACAGUUAGAUAGCUUGAAAACCCAUCAACGCAGUCACACAGGAAAGAAACCGUACAGCUGCGAUCAAUGUGGCAAAGCUUUCACACAGUUAGGUAGCUUGAAAACCCAUCAACGCAGUCACACAGGAGAGAAACCAUACAGCUGUGAUCAAUGUGGCAAAGCCUUUGUACAGUCAGGGGCCUUAAAAUUCCACCAACGUAUUCACACAGGAGAGAAGCCGUACAGCUGUGAUCAAUGUGGCAAAGCCUUUGCAAAGCCAUGGACCUUAAAAACCCACAAACGUAUUCACACAGGAGAGAAACUGUACAGCUGUGAUCAAUGUGGCAAAGCCUUUGCACAGUCAGGGGCCUUAAAAUACCACCAACGUAUUCACACAGGAGAGAAACCGUACAGCUGUGAUCAAUGUGGCAAAGCCUUUGCAAAGUUAUGGACCUUAAAAACCCACCAACGUAUUCACACAGGAGAGAAACUGUACAGCUGUGAUCAAUGUGGCAAAGCCUUUGCACAGUCAGGGGUCUUAAAAAGCCACCAACGUAUUCACACAGGAGAGAAACCGUACAGCUGUGAUCAAUGUGGCAAAGCCUUUGCAUGGUCAUGGGCCUUAGAAUGCCACCAACGUAUUCACACAGGAGAGAAGCCGUACUGGUGUGAACAAUGUGGAAGAUUGUUUGCCCAGUGCAGUCAUUUGAGAUCCCACCAAUGCCAGCAUGCAGGAGAGAACCCGUACAGCUGUGACUAGUGUGAGAAAGCUUUUAUUGAACGGUAUGACCUAAAAAUCCACCAACGUGUUCUCACCAGAGAGAACCCGUCCUGAUGUGACCAAUGUUGGUAGUGACAUUAAAGCCCACAAAUGUGUUUAGCCUGCAUUGUUUUGGACAUUUUCAGGACCAGGCAAAUAUCUUCCUACUGCUUCCUCCCCAUGCCCUGAUAGCUGUGUUGAUAUCUUACUUUUGUUUUUGAUUAUUUUUAUCUGUUUUUUUAUUUCAACUGUAACCCCAUGUUGGACCAUCAGAUUCCUCCCUGUAGGACUCCCAUGUGUGAGAGCUGAUGUAGAGGCAGAUAGUAUAUUGUUCUAUAUCAAAUGUAAAAAUUAUGUCAGUUGCAAAAGGUCUUAG